GUCCCCGCCCCUUUGUUUCUUUUCUCCUCGAACGUGAACAGGUCGCGUUUGAAAAGCUAGCCAAUAUUACACUGCUAAAUACAGGGAAAUAUUUUUUCUUAAAUCGAGCUGGUGACCAUACAAGAUCUGGUGUUAUGAGACUCCAGUUCUAGAAGACUUGUGAAUAAACACAGCCCUCUUGGCACACACUGAUUGAAUCGGCGUUGUUUUCACAUCAUUUUAAUUCAAUUACUUUGAACCAACAUGGAAUAGACCUUGAAUUGACGUCUGUGCCCAGCGGGAGGAGAGACACCUCAAACUUGUGACAGCUCCAUUCAAUAACUAGGUUUAUUUAUUAUUGCUGUUUUUUUUGUACCAAGAAACAUUCUAACUCGACAGACAAUAUGAGUCAAAAGAAGGGAACAUUGAUGGAUGAAAUCGAAAAGAGUUUAUGGAAUUUAACGGAGGACAAUUUACGCUCCCUUUGUGAACGUUAUGGCCAAGAUGCAUCCGAAGUUAAAGGAAUCGAUCACCGCUCGUUGCGGCGUAAAGUCAUGGAGGAAAUGUGGGACAAUACGGAUUCAAUGAAAUCAGAGGUGCAGGGAAUGUCUUGGUUAGUCCAACUGAAAGAGGACAUCAGAAGGAUGCUGGAGGAUGCUAGUGGUGCACCCGUGAGUCCCAGCAAAGCCGAUGAAGAUGAUCCUGUAGACUGCGAUCGAGAAUGGAAUGGAGAGGGAGGGGCUGGGUUACCUAGCAACAUGUUGGAGGUGGAGCCCAUGAGUCCCAGCCAAUCUGAUGAUGAUAAUGACGCUGCAGACUGUGACGCAGGGGACACGGAUUGGUUGCCUAACAAUGGGCUGGAGGCAGAGUCCACGAGUCCCAGCCAGUCCGAUGAUUGUGAUGCUGCAGACUGCGAUGAAGAAUUGGACAGGGAGGUCAGGGAUGGGCUGGAGGUGGAGUUAUCUCCAGAGAAGCAUACACCAGAGCAGAAGGACAAACGUCACCCACCGAAGACCCUGUGUCGUGCCUCUCCCGGUACCGCCUUAAUUUGGGGUCUGAAGAGGGUGUCUGUGCAGCUGAUGGACUGCAGGAAAACACCAGGGCAGAAAACCUCCAAGAAAACCCACUCCUGUCCUCAGUGUGGGAAGAGUUUUGCCACAAAAGACAUUCUGGAGCGACAUCUGCUAACUCACACUGGAGAGAAACAGGAAAAUAUAUGCGCUGAAUGUGGAAACGUAUUCAGUACAUUUUCCAGCCUUACCAGGCAUCUGAAAACUCAUACUGGAGAGAAAUGUCAUGUUUCUGAAACCACAUGCUCUGAAUGCAGAAAGACAUUCAGUACACAUUCCAGUCUUAGGAGACAUCUGCUAACUCACACUGGAGAGAAACCGUACGUUUGCCCUCGUUGUAAGAAAGGUUUCAAUGAUCCAGGAAACUUGAAGAAACACCUUAGGAGAGCUCACCCAGGAGAUAAGUUGGGUGUGGAGAGGCUCUACCGUGAACCGUGUCCUCACUGUGGGGAGAAGUUUCCCACAAAGAAGGCUUUGGAGGAGCACCUGGUAACCCACACAGGAGAGAAACCUCACCAGUGCUCUGACUGCGGGAAGGGAUUCAAGGAAUUGUCUAGUCUUAAGAGGCAUCUGAGAACUCAUACUGGGGAGAAACCAUACAUUUGCCCUCGUUGUGGCAAGCCUUUUAAUGAUCCAGGAAACUUGAAGAAACACAUGAAAAGAACUCACUCCGGAGAACAUUCCAAAGAGAAACCUUCCAAAAACAAUGUUGGUUCUUCAGAACAGGAGGAGACCGUAAAGAAGCCAGUCCUUCAUCCAUGUUCUCACUGUGGGAAGAAGUUGUCAACCAAGACAAGACUAAAGAUUCACCUGAAGACCCACACUGUAGAGAAAUCUCACAUCUGCCCCGACUGCGGGAAGAGCUUUGCUUUCCGUCCCUCCUUGACCAAACAUCAGAAACUUAGUCAUUCAGAGCACGGAGGAGUGAAACGGCACGAAUGUUCAGUGUGUGGGAAAGUCUUUAAUCAACCAGGAGCCUUGAGGUCCCAUCAAAGAACCCACACUGGAGAGAAACCCCACCUCUGUGCUGACUGUGGGAAGAGUUUCUCUUUUCAGUCAUCUCUGAAAAGACAUCAGGCACUUCACGCAGCAGGUAGUGCGAAGCCCCACAUGUGCUCUGUCUGUGGGAAAGGCUUUAGAGAUUCUGGAUACUUAAUAAAACAUCAAGCCAUCCAUUCGGAAGAGAAACCUCACCUCUGUUCUGAUUGUGGAAAGACUUUUGCAUCCUUAUUUACCUUAACGAAUCAUUCCAAAUUGCAUCGUUUAAACAGAGACCAAUUCCAAUGCCCUGAAUGCAAGCGCCAUUUCCCAACAAAGGAAAGGCUGACAAGCCACCAGAGAACGCAUACCGGGGAGAAACCAUUUCGCUGCUCCCAAUGCCACAAACGCUUCUCUCACUCAAGUAGUUAUCAAAGGCACCUUCGUAUGCACACUGGGGAGAAACCCUUCAUUUGCCCCCUUUGCGGGAAGCAAUUUAACGACUCUUCGAAUCUUAGAACACAUGUUAGAAGACAUAAAGGAGAGAAGGUAGGCAAGACACAGGUCUCUGAGCCAUGCCCUCAAUGUGGGAAGAGGCUGGCUUCUAAGGCAGGGUUAGAGACGCACCUGCGGACCCACACUGGAGAGAAACCUCACCUCUGCGCCGACUGCGGCAAGAGCUUCGGCUUCCACUCAGCUUUGAGAAGACAUCAGAAAACGCAGCACGGAGAGCAAGUAGCGAAGCCGCACGUCUGCUCUGUCUGUGGAAAAGGUUUUAUGGAAUCUGGAGCGCUGAAGAAACAUGUGGUGACUCACGAGGAGAAACAGCACCUUUGCCCCGACUGCGGGAAGACCUUCAGGGUGGUUCAGGCCUUGUCAAAUCAUCAGAGAACCAAGCAUCAAAAAACGAACAAGGAAGUAAGAGAGAAGAAUCCGUUCCUGUGCCUUACUUGCGGCCAGGAAUUCAAUUCAAAGCAUAGAUUGGUAAUCCACGAGCGAAAGCACACAGGAGAGAAGCCUUACCAAUGCUCCCAUUGCGACAAACGCUUCACUGAGAAGUCAUACAUGAAACGUCACCAGACGGUGCACACGGGAGAUAAACCUUUCCAAUGCUCCGUCUGCGACAUGAAGUUUUCGCAUGGUGCAUCUUUAAUACGGCACCGGCUAAUACACUCAGGUGAGAAACCGUACCACUGCACUUACUGCGACAAGAGUUUCUCUCAGUCAAAUACGCUGAAAACACACAUACUAACGCACACCGGAGAGAAACCGUACCAGUGCCCCGACUGCGGGAAGCGUUUCACUGAAAAGAAAGCCAUGAAGAAACACCAGCGCAACACACACGGAACAGAGACACACAGCAACACACACGGGUCAGGGGCACACAACUCUGCUUUCUCUUUGCCUGGUAAAAAACAGAGAUUGAGUCAAGACCGGAGCCCUCGAGCAAAGCCGUACCAAUGCCCUGACUGUGGCAAGUGUUUCUCAGAGAAAAGAGCUCUUACGAAACACCAGAAGACACACCGGAGAGACAGCGCCCCCUAUUGGUCCGGUAUACUGCAGCGAUGGAGUCAAGACCCGCAACACUCUAAUACUGACUCAGACUCUGACCAAGACCAAGACUGGACCUCUUUAUAAAGACUCAGACCAAGACUGGACCGCAACAGAAAGCUGAGGGAUGGGAAUGGGGGGAAAACAACCUCAAAUUCAUAGACAUGGCAACAGAAAGCUGAGGGAUGGGAAUGGGGGGAAAACAACCUCAAAUUCAUAGACAUGGCAACAGAAAGCUGAGGGAUGGGAAUGGGGGGAAAACAACCUCAAAUUCAUAGACAUGGCAACAGAAAGCUGAGGGAUGGGAAUGGGGGGAAAACAACCUCAAAUUCAUAGACAUGGCAACAGAAAGCUGCCCAUAGCAUUUUACACAGCUACCGUUUACAACCAUUGGAUUUAAAAAUGGAUUCAUUUAUUGAUUGACUGUUCUUUGUCCUUCAAGAUAACAUUUCCACAACUCUUUAGUUACACACCAAGAAACAAGACAAUUAGAAACAAGCGCCCAUCCACCACACACAUACCUAAGAGACUCAAUGAAUUAAUAGUAUAUUGACAUGUUUCACAGUUGUGUAUAGCAAAUAAUUUUUUGGGUUUAAAUUUUUUGGACUCUAUUUCGAUCAGAUCCACUUUAGUGGUGUCGGAGGUAGAACUGCGUUAGAGCUGUCAAAUCCAUAAGCGUCUCCUGGCAUUAUACCUCAAGCGGACAUUGCAAUCGGUUUUGCACAGUCACAGAAAUCCCACGCAGCCCUUGGAACACUGAAAUGUGAUGUGAUCUACAGCCAGUUGAAUGAUUUUUAAAUCUGAGUGUAUUCUUUCUAUGUAUAGUCGACAGCUCCAACAGUUCCCUCUCAGAAGCCACCAAAACAUCUGCUAUGUCGGUUGACGAUCUCAUUGAAUCUAGGCCUAAGUGUCAAAUACUUUGGCAGAUGAUAUUGAUGAAUGUUGUGUGUGUUUCAAAAGGCUGUUUGAGUCUUAUGGAAAAACAUCAUGGAAACCUUGACAGUAAACCUGUUUGAACUGAA